AUGCUAGGUAGCUCCGGUGCAAGUAUCCAGCGGACCAGGGAGGUUCAGUCCCCAAAACGUCGUGGUGACGUUCGAUCUUUUGGUCAUGCAAAGGCGGCAGGUGUCAGGUCACCACAGGUGACGGGAUUCGUCCCGGAACUAUGUCCACGCUGGGGCGCAUGCCCUGCUAGGCAGACUCGUCGCAGACACACAGCAGCGCACUGUGUCGUGCGUCCAAGCAGCGUCUAUCCGCGAGCAGUGUGCUCCUUCGUGAGCAGCAGCUGGAGGCUCGCACUGAAGCACAUCGAGACAGCGUCAACUGGGAGCGUCCAGCGACGCUUGCUCGGCCUACAAGCGUCGUCAGACUCGAAGGACUCGACUGGGGCACCAACGGCGCGUUUGGAGCCGGUUUUUCAGACCGCAGAACACGUUGCUGCGCACUAUGCGGUGGAGAUUGAAGCUGGACUCAGUACGAGCCGUGCUCGCGAACUCUUGCGCAUUCAUGGACCGAACGCGCUUCCCGAACCGGAACCACAGACGCUCGUUCAACGAGUGCUCAAACAGUUUGACGAUCGUCUGGUGCAGAUCCUUCUGGUCGCUGCCGGCAUAUCCUUUACGUUGGCAGCAACAGCAAAGGAGCGAACGGCUUCCGCGUUCCUAGAGCCUGUCAUUAUUCUAACGAUUCUGCUCUUGAACGCUGGUAUCGGGGCGAUCCUCGAGUCGCGAGCAGACGAGUCCAUCAGGGCCAUGCGAGCCUAUAUGAGCGAGGAGGCUGUGGUUGUCAGGGAUCAGGGCGCUAGGUCGUGUAUACCAGCGCGGGAGCUCGUGCCUGGUGACGUCAUUGAACUACGAGCCGGUGACCUGGUGCCAGCGGAUGCUCGUGUCGUGCGGUUACUCUCGAAUACGCUCCAAGUCGACGAGUCGAUUCUCACCGGUGAGUCCCUUGCAGUGGACAAAUACGUUGAGGCAAUGGAGCAGGCGAAAGAUGCACGAGGCACCGGUCGACUUCCGUACCAAGAGCAGCGCAAUAUGUUGUUCACAGGCUCCGUGUUGACCAGGGGUCGCUGCCUCGCUAUCGUGGUCGCAACUGGCGAAAAUACUGCUGUCGGUACAAUCCGUGGCCAACUCGUACGGAGAAGCAGCAGCAGCAGCAGCAGCAGCGCUAGUCGCAAGAAUGGUGAAACGGAGUUAGCCACGGAAGCGACUACCGAAACCCCGCUGGUGGAGCAGAUGAAUCGCCUGGGAGACCUGCUCACCAACCUUGUGCUGGGUAUUUGUGCAGCGGUAUUCGCGCUCAAUCUUGUACAGGAAAUCCAACAAGUACCCCUUGCCAUGAUCAUUUCACAACAACAGGUCGAUUUAAGUCGUAUUCUCGAGCAGGUCAUCGAAUCCUUCAAAUUCUCGGUGGCUCUGGCUGUAGCUGCAGUUCCCGAGGGUCUGCCUGCUGUAAUCACCACCUGCCUAGCCCUCGGAACGCAGCGCAUGUCGAAGCGCAACGUACUUAUCCGCUCCCUGCCCUGCAUUGAGACACUCGGCUGCACAUCUGUGAUUUGUUCGGAUAAGACCGGGACACUGACCCAGAAUCGCAUGCGCGUCGUGGAACUCGUACCGGUACAUGAUUCGCUCAAGGAGGCGCUCUCGCUGGUGCUUGCACUCUGUUCAGAGGCCACCCUGGAUGGACGAGGUGAUCCGACGGAGCUCGCAUUGCUGCGAGCCGGCGAAGAGCUGCGACCCUCCGACAGUAACCGAGCAUUCUGGGAGUCGCAUGCACGAAUCCUGCAGGUCAAUGAGUUCGAUCGUGUUCGGAAACGCAUGAGCGUCGUCGUUACCUGCAGCGUGCCGGUUUUGUCGACGGCGAAUACGAACGAUCACAAAAGCACCUACACGUAUUCACUAGUCAAGGGCGCACCAGAGACUGUUCUGGAACAGUGCUCCUUCGUUGAGCCAGACGCUGUAGCAUACUGGUCAGAGCAGACGAGGGAACGCUCACGUAGCGGUCUUCGCUGUAUUGCACUGGCUAUCCGAGAAUGCACCAGCGACGCUGCACAGGACAGUGCCGAGAAACAGCUCACGUUCCUGGGACUCGCUGCCCUGCAGGAUCCUCCGCGUCCAGGAGUCCGUGAAGCGAUCGCUCGCUGUCGACAAGCAGGUAUUCGGGUAGUGAUGAUCACGGGGGAUCACGCCUUGACGGCAUCUGCAAUUGCCGCUCAAGUCGGUAUCCUCGAUACCUCCAUGAUCGCAGAUGCCGCAGCGGAGAAGAGCGGUACCUUGACGCCUACAGUGGUGCUCGGUGCGGACCUCGAGAGCAACCGUUACACCCCAGACCAAGUGGCAGCAGCGCGAGUGUUUGCACGCGUCGAACCGAAGCACAAGCUACAGAUCGUCGAGACGCUGCAGCGGACCCGCAGCGAAGUCGUCGCCAUGACCGGGGACGGUGUCAACGAUGCACCGGCGUUGGCUGCUGCGGACGUCGGCGUCGCCAUGGGAACCGGAACCCAGGUUGCAAAGGCCGCUGCCGACAUGGUCAUUGUCGACGAUAAUUUCGCUACGAUCGUCUCAGCUGUGGAAGAGGGCCGCUCCAUCUACGCCAAUAUGCGGCAGUUCAUCCGCUAUCUCCUCAGCAGCAAUAUUGGUGAGGUGAUUGCCGUCCUGGUGAGCUCGCUUUGGCUGCACGUUCCGGAGAUUCUGUCACCGGCGCAGUUGCUCUGGGUGAACCUCAUUACCGACGGUUUACCUGCCAUCGCGUUGAGUUUCAACCCGACGGAUCCGGAGGCCAUGCAACGGCCGCCUCGUCGGCGCGAUGAACCCUUCCUACGUACCCAGGGUGGACUCGGUGGUGACCUUGCCCGUUAUCUGGCGAUUGGUACAUACGUUGGUCUCGCUUGCGUCUUCGGAUACCGUGGAUUCAUAGACAACACCGUCCAAGCGCGCUCCGUGGCCAUGUCAGUGCUUGUCACUGCCGAGAUGGCCAAUGCCUUGAAUGCGGUAUCGGAAACCGAGUCGAUUAUCCUGCAGCCACAUUUGAUGGUGUCGAAUCGUUGGCUCCUGGGUGCCGUGCUUGCCUCAAUGGCACUGCAGCUGAUCGUGCUUGAGAGUCCUCUGUCGCAGACAGCUUUUGGAGUCGAGCGCCUUUCUCUUGGGGAUUGGCUAUUUGUGGUGGGCGCCUCCGUUCCCGUCAUUGCCGUUGAUGAAGUGUUCAAAUUCUUUCUGAGAAGAGCGCGGGCGAAACGGUCGAGUCAGGGUUCGUGA